CAUUGAUUAUCAGAAAUCCAGACUUGGCAUUGGUUCUCCCCCGGCAUUGGCAACCAGCCAGCCUCCAGCUACACACUGACACUGCACUCCAGCCUCCGUAGGAGUACUUCAGCUCACUAUAGAAUGGCAACGGCAAUGGCAUCGUUACCUCCAGGCCCCAGCUAGUGCAGAGAUUUCUCUUCCUUUGCCCAGUUUCCAGGCAGAAGCAUCAGGCCAAGAGCUCAAGACCCAACCAGUGUAGUGGUUGCAGUCAGUGAGUGAGUGAGUGACCAGUGAGAUAGUGGCAUCGAUGGCUCGGGGAAGAGGCAGUGCAAUGCGAGGCGCCGUCGCCGUCGCGUUUCUCGCCGUCGUCGUGAGCUGCAUCUUCCUCUCCGGCUGCGGCGUCGCCGACGCCGCCACCUACUACGUCGGCGACAGCCUCGGCUGGUCCCUCGGCAGCGGGAGCUGGCCCAGCGGCAAGAAGUUCCACGCCGGCGACAUCCUCGUGUUCAGGUACUUGCCGUGGAUGCACAACGUGGUGGCCGUCGACGAAGACGGGUACGCCGACUGCAACCCGCCGCCGUUCUCGAGGUACUACACCUCCGGCUCCGACAGCGUCAGGCUCGCCAGGGGGGACAACUUCUUCGUCUGCACCCGCUACGGCCACUGCAACCUCGGCAUGAAGAUGGUCGUCACCGCCGUGUGACUGAGGGAGAAACAUGUCAAGACUGUUUCGUACGUCUCGAUCGAGCGAAAAUGCUGUGAAAUGUCACACUCUCUCUAUCUUGUUCCAUCCGGUUCGUUCUCAGUUUUUAGCAUUUUGGAUGAUUGAUUAGAGGAUUCUCUAGCUGUUCUAUGCCGGUGUGACACGACUCGGUUUGCCAAUUGUGUGUGCAUUGUUGACGCUGACAAGAUGCGUUUGUUCUGAAAUCUGAAGAGAAGUCCCUGUCUUUGCCACUGAUGAUGAUAUCUACUGCAAAUUCUUUAGCGAA